AUGAGACGCGAGAGCUCGGCGGAUCGCCAAGUGGACCCGUGUGUGGAGAAGCUCGUUGAGGCCGCCGUCAAGGAAUACAUAUCUAGCAUCCGUCUUCGCGAGAUCCACCCGCGGACAGCCCUGCAGAGUGUCGCCAACCUGCUGGUGGCGGAGCUCAGUGCGGAUCAGUUUGACGCCGUCUGGGACCGCUUUGCGUCCUACCCUGACAGCCCCGUGCUGCGGCUGCUGCUGAACACGCUCAGCGACGCUGUCAGCCGCGCAGGGCCAGACCGCUGCUUCCUCGGUCGCUGUAGCGGGGCCAGCGGCGGCGCUCCGGGCGUGACCGCGUUUGAGACACGGGGGCAGGUCAAGCCGUGGGUGAGGCAGCAACCGCAGCAGCAGCAGCAGCAGCAGCAGCAGCAGCAGUGUCAGCCGCCGCAGCCGCAGCAGCAAGAGUCGCUGCUUCGGCAGGCGCAGCUGCAAGUGCUGCAGCAGCGGCAAGCACACCAGACGCCACAGCAGCAGGAGCAGCAGCAGCAGCAGCAGCAGCAGCACCGGGCAAAGGUGACGAGCGAGCGCCCCGCCCCUGAGCGCGUCGCGGCAAAGCGGCAGCGCCCAACGAUCGGCGGCGGCAGCGACCAGGCGCCGAGGGGCGGGCCCGCGCCGGGCAAGGCGCAGGGCGCGCAGCCGCGCCGCAGGUCGCUGCUCGACCACGCUCAGCGGGACCAGGCCGCGUGGCCGGCGGUGGCACACUGA